UAUCGUCAAGUCUUCCCUUCUCCCCCACCCACCCCCUCUGUUUCACGUAUUCGUUCAUCGCAAUCCUUAUCAAAUUUGAGCAUCAAGAAAAGAAAAUGGCCGCAAUCAGCUUCUCGACGAUUCAGAGUUCAUCUUCCGUUCGUGUAUUGUCUUCUCAUCCUCUCGAAAUUACCCCUCAUAAACCCUUAUUUUUACAUCGCAGUCACUCCACCUCGUUUCCUUCCAUCUCCUCAAACCCCAAAAACAAGAGCAGGAGACUUUUCGCGCUCGUCGUCGUAUCUUCUCUGAAGAAACUCGCAGACGCCGAGCUCGUUCCCGUCCCCGGAGAAGCAGACGAACUCGCAAGUAAGUUCCCAUCAGAUUCUGGCGUGUACGCCGUUUAUGACAAGAACAACGACUUACAGUUCAUUGGAAUAUCGCGAAGCAUAGCGGCCAGCGUUCUCUCCCACCGGAAAUCGGUUCCGGAUCUCUGCUACUCUGUCAAGGUGGGAGUGGUGGAUGAACCUAAUCGAACUUCUCUAACCCAAGCUUGGAAAUCAUGGUUGGAAGAGUACAUAGGAGCUACUGGCAAGGUUCCACCAGGGAACCAAUCGGGCAACACCACCUGGGUUCGGCAGCCUCAGCAGAAGAAGAAACCUGAUCUCCGUUUGACACCGGGCCGCCAUGUGCAGCUGACUGUCCCAUUGGAGGAGUUGAUCGACCGUCUGGUGAAAGAGAACAAGGUGGUGGCUUUCAUCAAGGGAUCAAGAAGUGCUCCACUCUGUGGGUUCUCGCAGAGGGUGGUCGGAAUAUUGGAAAGUGAAGGGGUUGAUUUCGAGAGCGUGGACGUUCUCGAUGAAGAAUACAAUUAUGGGUUGAGGGAGACGCUGAAGAGGUACAGCAACUGGCCAACGUUCCCUCAGGUGUUUGUUAAUGGGGAAUUGAUUGGAGGGUGUGAUAUCCUCUCCUCCAUGCAGGAGAAGGGUGAGCUUGCGACAGUGUUCAAAAAGUAAUUAUUUCAUUACUUUCUAUUAUCUUUUGAUCGGCUGUAUCGGCUUGUAUUUGUUCUGUUGUUUGUGUUGAGAUGGAAAUGGUGGAGAAGCUAAUGUACAAGUACAACCAUAGGGAGUCAUGUUUUGAUCUAAUGUUCUUCCUCUCUUUUCAAUCGAUCCCUCCCACGGUCCCACCUGGGAAGGAGAUUGGGAUGUCUCGGGUCUCAAGUCUCAAUCAUCUGGUCUCUUGAUUGUCAUUCGUUUUUCUGUUGAUACCAUAUGCCAAUUUGAAUUUGAUUGCUA